AUGUCACGGCCCAGCUCUGUUUCGGCAUGGCGGUGCGUCGCUUCUUGUCUCAGCACAACAACAUGCUCAGCAAGACCGAUAUCAUCCACCGCUGCAUCGACACGGUCACGAGUCGUGGACCGGUUCCGAUUUCCUUCGCGGAGCUACGGGACUUGCUAUGCCUCCGAUGCUCGAUCGGGACAUGAUGGCUCAUCGAGUUUGAUCGGCGGCUUGGGCUCGCGACGACCGACAAUGACCACAUUGUCCUCGAUCGAUGUGCCAUUACGGAGUCUGACCUGCUCUCUGGCCCAACGGAUACGGUACGCUUCCACCACCCCCUCCACUACCCCCGGUCUGACGACGAGCCCGACAGCCACGGCCAGUUCGAAGAAGGACAAGGAUUCGCUCGAAGAGGAUGACGCCAGUGCACCCGAUCUGGCCAAGAAACCGGCGGAAAAGAUCAAGAUUGGCGAGAUCAGGCGGUUGAUGGUCUUGGCCAGACCGGAGAGGAAGACGAUCGCGAUCGCGAUUGGAUUGGUCAGUCUGCCCAGCGCUUUGGGGGAGCAAUUUUUGGGGGGCAAGGAGGCACCUUCGUGCACAGCUGAUCAGGAAUCGUGUGGUCUUUCUCAUACAGCUAUUCGUAUCGAGCUCAGUCUCUUUGUCGAUCCCGUUCACGAUCGGAAGGAUCAUCGAUCUUUUUUCCGGCACGGCACCGCAAGGUUUGCCCAUAUCGGUCCCGACGGCGGCGGCGGUGAUGGCUCUCUUCUUCGCGAUCGGUGCUUCAGCCAGUGCGUUACAGACGAAUACGGAUUAGUGUGAUUGUGUGCUCACUAUUUGUUGUUAUGGGCGCGCAGACAUGGGCCGCACGAUUCUGAUGCGCAUCUCGGGUCAGAGGAUCGUUGCUCGGUUACGCGAGGCGGCUUACACGAACGUAUUGAGACAGGUGUGUUUUAAUGCAGAUUGAGAGAGGGUAUGACCACUAAACUCAAUAUCGAACUACAAACAGGACAUUGGAUGGCACGACCUGCAAGGUGCAGCCAAGAUCCAAACCGCCGAACUCGCCGUCCCCGCCGAAGCACCGUCAUCCAAAUCACCAGCGGAAGUCACCACCGCCAAGCCACCCAAGGUCGUCGAGCAUCAAGUUCCUCAGACUGGCGUUCGAUCGACAGGCGACAUCAUCUCACGUCUCGGCUCAGACUGCGGCAUCGUGGGUGAAUCUCUAACGAGGGAACUGAGCGAAGGACUUCGGGCUCUGGUCACGGCCACGGUCGGAAUUGGAGCGAUGCUUUGGAUAAGCGCAAAGCUGACAGCGGUGAUGAUGCUCAUCGGUAAGCGCCGAAGACCUGGGAGCGUGGGUGGGUUCGAAUACUGACGCCUGUAUACGUUUAGUUCCUCCUAUUUCGAUCGCCGCGGUGUUCUACGGACGAUACCUCAAGAAAUUGUCUACGCGCACUCAACAAGGUAGGUCUUAGUGGUGUUGAACGUGUUUCUUGUUCUUGAGCUCAUCAAUUCAAAUUCCCAACAGCCGUCGGUGAGAUGGUCGCCGUCUCGGAGGAGCGAUUGGGCUCGAUCCGAACCGUCCAAGCAUUCAACGCCGUCGAGCCUCUCGAGACGCAACGUUUCUCGGAAAAGGUCGACAAGAUCUUUGGUCUCGCCAAGAAGGAAGCGUUCGCUUCGGGUUUGUUCUACGGUGGUGCUGGAUUCGCGGGCAACUUGUCAUUGAUCGCAUUGCUCACGUACGGCGGGACGCUCGUUGCUAAGGGCGCGUUGACGACGGGACAGUUGACGUCGCUGAUGGUCUACACGUUCUAGUGAGUGUGUGGCACCCUUGGUAUCCGCAGGAUUAUCUCUCGCUGAUUGAGCGUGUCCCCUUCGCUCAGCAUCGGCUCGUCCCUAUUUGGGUUGACUUCUUUCUUUGGCACCAUCAUGAAGGGCCUUGGAGCCUCGUCGCGCAUCUUUGAACUUCUCGACGCUCGUCCUGUUUCGGUCACGCUCGGUGUCGGCAAGCCUUUACCCGUCACGACCCCACCCCGCCGCAUCAUCUUUGACGACGUCCACUUUGCGUACCCCUCGCGACCCCAGGCCGAGAUUCUGAAAGGUGUCAACUUGACGAUCGAAACUGGACAGAUCGUCUCGAUCGCCGGUGGAUCCGGAUCGGGCAAGUCGACGCUUGCGAACCUCCUCGUUCGAUACUACGACCCCUCGCAAGGUCGCGUCGUCUACGGCGAGGACAACAUCCGCGACUUCACUGUCGAAUCGUGGCGACAACGUAUCGCGAUCGUCCCCCAGGAUCCUGCGCUCUUCUCAACGACGAUUGCUGAGAACAUUGCGUAUGGUCGACCGAACGCUUCAAGGGCCGAGAUCGAGGAGGCGGCCAAGUUGGCUAACUGUGGGUUUAUUGAAGCGUUGCCGAGGGGAUUUGAUACGCUCGUUGGUGCUAGGGGUGCGCAGUUGUCCGGUGGGCAGAGGCAGAGGCUGGCGAUUGCGAGGGCUUUGUUGCAGAAGCCCAAGAUCUUGGUCUGUGACGAGUGAGUGGAUCGUAGUCAGAGAUUGCACAUUCUGUGUUGGAUGCUGAUGCUAUCUUGGACUGGUUCUGGUGCGCAGGGCAACAUCGGCUCUUGAUGCUGCGAGCGAGUCGCUGGUCAACAAGGCCAUCUCGAACAUCUCGUCCAGUCAUUCUUUGACCACGAUCCUGAUCGCUCAUCGGUGAGUGGACUUGCGGCCUCAUUCAAAGGUUUUCUAGACUGACAUUCGAGUUUGACCGCGCAGACUUUCGACACUUAAGACGGCGGACCGCGUCGUGCUGAUGGACAAUGGCGUCGUUGCUGAACAAGGCACCUAUGACGAACUGACAAGAUCGGGAACCCGUUUCUCGCAAUUGGUCGCAUCGCAGAUGUUGCAAGGUUCCGUCUCCGGACUGCCUGCUGCGUCGAAGAUGGAAGCUCCAGAGAGUCUUUAG